AUGCUCCUAGAGUUCAUGCCUUGGCGGGCAUGUAGACCCACCUUAGUUGCUCUGCAGUCGGCGGCCGCCAACGCCCAAAACCAGUUCAACAUGGACAAGUCGCGUCUCUACGUCCAUUCAUGCAAAGCCGACCGCGGGCCAUACUCCAAGCGCAUGAAGCCUGUGUCGAAGGGUCAGGCCCAUCCUUACCGGCGGCGCCAAACACACUUGACGAUCCGGGUGCGCGAAAUGACGGAUGAAAUGAUGAUGAAACGGGAAGAGUUUGCCUGA